UCUUCUUUCCAGCUGCCAAUCGAUCGAGUUAGAAUUGUCUGCAAUGGCCACCCUGCAGAAAUCUGCGAGCUUUUCCCUUAUGGGGACUCUGGCUGCCAGCUGCCUUCUUCUCAUUGCCCUGUCGGUGCAGGGAGGAGCAGCUGUGCCCAUCAGGUCUCACUGCACGCUUGACAAGUCCAACUUCCAGCAGCCCUAUAUCACCAACCGCACCUUCAUGCUGGCCAAGGAGGCUAGUUUGGUAGAUAACAACACAGACGUUCGUCUCAUUGGAGAGAAAUUGUUCCGUGGAGUCAAGAUGAGUGAGCGCUGCUAUCUGAUGAAGCAGGUGCUGAACUUUACAGUUGAAGAAGUGCUCCUCCCCCAGUCUGAUAGGUUCCAGCCCUACAUGCAAGAGGUGGUGCCCUUCCUGGCCAGGCUCAGCAACAAGCUUAGCCAAUGCCAUAUUGAGAGUGAUAACCAGCAUAUCCACAGGAAUGUGCAAAAGCUGAAGGACACAGUGAAAGAGCUUGGAGAAAGUGGAGAGAUCAAAGCAAUUGGAGAACUGGAUUUGCUGUUUAUGACCCUGAGAAAUGCCUGCAUUUAAUCACAGCAAACCUGGAAAAUGGAUAAUAACCCUUCCUGUAGGAAAUAACAAGACCCUCAGAGGUUUU